AUGGUGGAUAAUGCGGUGAUGAAGGACGUGUGCGGUUUCAAUUUCUCCGGUACACGAAGCAAGGCCCUCGACUUCGACGCCAAGAAGAGUUGGGCCGAACUCUCCACACAUACGACUUGGGAUUCUGCCGGCAUGUCCAACGGGCUUAUCGAAGACCUGGCCACUGCCGUUGUGCAUCGGUUCAUCUGCUACAACGUUAUCGGCAAAAAGGAGGCGAAUAAAGUCAGUGAAGUCGAACUUUUCCUCCUAUGGGCGAUGCGAGCAGGAGUGCGGGUGUGUUCGAUGACGUUCUUACAGAACUCCUUACAGGAGAUUGCCCUCACUCGGCGUGGACUACCGGCACUUGGGCACUUUGUUACCGCACUCGGAAGAGGCGACAUUCUCGCUUCCGCUUCGUCCACUGCCGCUACUAUUUCGACAUCACCCCAGAAGUCUACCGUUUACAUGGAGCGGUCUGAGAUGCGAUGUCUCAACUACAACGAGCUCAAGCAGGCCGACCUUAUUCGGAACCGGACUACGGCUAAGGAGUACACAAAGCGCACCGCCUACGACACCUAUUUCAAAAAGCUCCAGUAG